CCCACUUCAAUCUCCAACAACACAAUUCGAACUUGACCUUAACUUCGGAUGGUAGAAGCUUCAAAACUCAUGGGAUGAACAGAAUGUUUCCAUCUGCUUCUUAGUAAAAGAAUAAGUUACGUCAUGUGACUGCCCACAACUUGCUCAUCCCAUUUUAGGCUCCUGACUCUGAAAAGCACAACCUCUACUCGAUAGCACAUCAAGGAAAGGUACAGCUGGUUUCCAACUUUCCCCUGUGACGAUUAGAAAAUCAUCGCCCUUGGUGUAUACAGCGAGCACUUCAUUUCCUGGGAUUACCACCGACAACGGUACGCACGAUGGACCUGGAUCCUCCCGUUAUUGAGGAAAGGUUCAGUCUACUACCGUCUUGGGAACUGCAGAGCCUUGUUGGUCAACCACCAGCUAAGAUUCAUGUCAGAAAUCUCCAGACGUCUAUGAAAAUUGCCAGAGAUGCUUGGGGUCGUUACGAUAAAGAGCAACCAGUUUUGGUCUCCGUUGCAGUGUCUUUGCGACAUGCUUUCGAAUCGGCUUCGGCGCAGGAUGAAGUUACCAACAGUACAGUUCAUUAUGGGACUCUGAGCAAGGCAGUUUUGGAAGCUUGUCGAUAUUUCUCCGACACCCCUACGGACCUUUAUCCCAGAGAAGAAAAGAAAGAAGCCACAGCUCUCAGUGCACUUGUCACCCUUAUUGGGGUCAAAUUGAUUCGCUCUAACGACGAAGAAGCCGAAACCCACAAACAUCUCGGACGACCACUUCUUACUCCCUCAGCCGUAACUUGUUUGGAGGUCCGAGUUAUGUUGCCUAAAUCCUCGUUACUUGGUUCUCGGGUCAGUCUAACGCUAUCUACAUUCUUCGGCCCUCAAAUUGUUCGCGUUACCUCUUUCGUCCUUAGUCUACAUGAUCUCAAAAUCCCAACUCUGAUUGGCGUCAACCCCAAUGAGCGACUAGCAAAGCAACUAGUCAUCGCAAAUGUUUGCAUCGAGCAAUGGGACCACUUACCAGACUCCUAUAAUGAGCUGGAACAGGUCGUAUCCAAGGUACUCUCCCCUCAUUAUCUCUCCAAUCUCUAGAACCUAACAUGUGCACCAGACAAUCGAAGAAUCAUCCUUCCGAACCCUGGAAUCUCUAGCUAAACAUCUAGGCGAAAGAAUCAUCUCUUGUUUCAUUAUCCCCUACACCCGUACCGAGGCCCAGAACUCGGAGGAUACGUGGGUUUUCCCAUGCAUCAAGAUCUGUCUGGAGAAGCCCACUGCAGUCACGUUUGCGGAUGCUCCAAUGGUAGAAGCAGUUGUGUAUUCUCACCCCGAGAAAAACGAGUAUGCGAAGGCUCUAUGGCUUGAGAGUGCUGCGGGGGCUGAUUUUGACCUUCCGCCUUUUCCGUUGCAGGGCAGUUUGGGUGAAUGGGUCGCUUCAAAUCGGUAGUUGAGCUGAGCUGGGAGUUGCUGGAAGUGAAGGAUAUGAAGCAGAUUCGGG